AUGUGUGAUAGCGAUGAUCAAGCUGACCAUGGACGUUCUGGCAUGGAUUUGACCGGUUUUUUGUUUGGAAACAUUGAUGAAAGCGGACAACUUGAAGAUGAUGGUCUCCUUGACGGGGAGUCGAAGCGCAUGCUGUCCUCUCUUAAUCGGCUAGGUCUUGGGUCUAUGUUAUCUGAAGUGCUCGAGCAGGAUGAACCAAAUGAAGAAGACGAGGAAAAAGAUUAUAGAGACAAAAGCCCUUCUGCUGUUGAUUUUUUUGACAUAGAAGAUGUUGCUGAAGACGUGAAGUGUGAUGAAGUAGUUGAUAGCACAAAUGAAGAUACACAAGGGUAUACACAAUUGGAUAAACAAUUAGAGGAUACCAAAAUGGAUGAAACAAAUGAAGAGCCACAGAGCAAAGAUAGUAUAAGUGAUUGUCCACAGGAUGAACCUAAUAAUCCUAAUAAUGAGGAUAACGAAGAUUGGAAGGAGACUGAUGAUAUUAUUAAAGAGGAAGAUAUUGAAGCAGAACAACGGAAUAAUGAUGAGGGCUAUGAAGGAGAUAUGGAAGGCGAUGGUGGACUCAUGCCACCUCCUUCAACAGUUCCAAAACAGAAAACAGACAAGCCUAAGAAGUUGGAAACUCCGCUUGCUGCUAUGCUUCCAUCUAAGUAUGCUAAUGUUGAUGUCACCGAACUCUUUCCAGAUUUUCGACCUGAUAAAGUUCUUUUGUUUUCGCGAUUAUUUGGACCAGGAAAAUUAUCGAGUCUACCGCAAAUAUGGCGUGGAGUCAAAAAGCGUAGGAGAAGAAAACGCAGUGGUAGUACUAGUAGUGACACACCUCCACUAAUACCAGAGAAUCAAGAACCUCAAUAUGCCAGUGAUGAUGAAGAAAAAUUCCUUAAACCGAUGGAGGAGAACCAACAAAUGAAUGCUGAAAAUAAUUCACAAAACUCUGGAGAUAAAUCUCAUAGACCAACACCGGCGCAUUGGCGAUUUGGUCCGGCUCAAAUGUGGUAUGAUAUGCUCAAUGUUCCGGAGACCGGUGAGGGCUUCGAUUACGGAUUUAAGUGUAAGGGUCCAUCCACUGAAACCGAAGACAAACCUAAAGAAUCUGAAGAAAUCAAUUCUGAAAAAGAUCAAAAUUCUGAUAGCCCUGACAGUGGUUUCCCUGAUGACGCAUUUCUGAUGGUUUCUCAAUUGCAAUGGGAGGAUGAUGUUAUCUGGGAUGGCAGUGAAAUAAAGCAUAAGGUUCUAGCGCGUCUGAACAGUAAGAGUAACGCUGCAGGCUGGGUACCCACUUCCGUGAGCAGGACUGCUCAACAAUUCUCACACCCGCGUCCACAACCACCCACUCCGCUGCAGCCAAAACCACCAACAUCUACGGCGCAAUCAGCAAACAACCAGCCAGGUGCCUCUACAGGCGAAGGAGAGGACAACACGUGGUACAGUAUUUUCCCCGUAGAGAAUGAAGAAUUAGUCUAUGGCACAUGGGAAGACGAGGUUAUAUGGGACGCGGAAAAUAUGCCAACUAUCCCGAAACCGAAAAUAUUAACCCUGGAUCCAAACGACGAAAAUAUUGUUUUGGGCAUACCUGAUGACGUAGAUCCGUCUAAAAUUACACGAGAACGAGGGCCGGCGCCAAAAGUAAAGAUACCUCACCCGCACGUAAAGAAGUCUAAGAUAUUAUUGGGCAAGGCGGGUGUUAUUAAUGUUCUGCAAGAAGAUGCGCCCCCGCCUCCACCGAAAUCUCCAGAUCGAGAUCCUUUCAAUAUAUCUAACGAUGUGUACUACCAACCGAAAUCCCAAAACCCACGUCUUAAAGUGGGCGGAGGUCAACUCAUUCAACACAGCACUCCAGUGGUGGAAUUACGAGCUCCCUUCAUACAAACUCACAUGGGACCAGCGAGACUACGCGCCUUCCAUCGACCUGCUAUGAGGAAACUUACCUAUGGACCUCUGGCAUCGAAUGGGCCUCAUCCAGUUCAACCUCUGUUGAAACAUAUUAAGAAAAAAGCUAAGCAACGUGAAGCAGAACGAUUGGCUUCUGGCGGUGGUGAUGUAUUCUUUAUGCGUACUCCAGAGGAUCUGAGUGGCAAGGAUGGCGAGUUAGUCUUAGUUGAAUUCUGCGAAGAACAUCCACCUCUCAUCAGCCAGGUUGGAAUGUGCUCUAAGAUCAAGAAUUAUUACAAACGAACUGCUACUAAGGACAAUGGACCAAAACCUUUCAAAUAUGAACCAGACAAGGCUACUACAUUCGAGAGAUUGACGCCUUAUUUGUUGCUGGGCAGGAAUGUCCCCCUGUACGAAGUUCCUGGUCCUAACUCUAAAAGAGCUAACAAUUUCGUUCGAGAUUUUCUGCAGGUUUAUAUUUACCGAUUGUUCUGGAAAUCUCGUGACAAUCCACGACGCAUCAAAAUGGAUGAUAUUAAAAGAGCUUUCCCUUCACACUCUGAGAGCUCUAUACGAAAGCGUCUAAAGCUGUGUGCGGAUUUCAAGCGAACGGGCUUAGACUCUAACUGGUGGGUAAUAAAACCCGACUUUAGACUGCCAUCUGAAGAAGAAAUCCGAGCAAUGGUGUCGCCUGAGCAAUGUUGCGCAUACUUCAGUAUGGCUGCUGCUGAGCAGAGGUUAAAGGAUGCAGGUUACGGAGAAAAAUUCAUCUUCACCCCCAUGGAGGAUGAUGACGAGGAAAUGCAGUUGAAAAUGGAUGAUGAGGUAAAAGUUGCACCUUGGAACACAACACGUGCUUACAUACAAGCAAUGCGUGGCAAAUGUUUGCUACAGCUCACAGGCCCAGCGGAUCCCACUGGCUGUGGAGAGGGUUUUUCAUAUGUCCGUAUGCCAAAUAAGCCAACGCAACAGCCUAAUGAAGAACAACAGCCCAAGAGAACUGUAACAGGAACAGAUGCCGACUUGAGGAGACUUAGUUUGAAUAAUGCCAAGGCUUUGUUAAGAAAAUUCGGUGUGCCUGAGGAAGAGAUUAAAAAACUGUCGCGAUGGGAAGUCAUUGACGUUGUGAGAACUUUGUCAACUGAAAAAGCGAAAGCCGGUGAAGAAGGAAUGACUAAAUUUUCAAGAGGAAAUAGAUUUUCAAUUGCAGAACAUCAGGAAAGAUACAAAGAAGAGUGUCAACGUAUAUUCGAGCUUCAGAAUCGAGUACUUACUAGUACAGAAGUGCUGAGUACAGACGAGGCCGAGAGCUCUGUCAGCGAGGAAUCCGAUUUGGAGGAGAUGGGCAAGAACUUGGAGAAUAUGUUGGCCAACAAGAAAACUACGGAACAAUUAUCAUUAGAAAGGGAAGAAGCGGAAAGAGCGGAACUGAGGAAAAUGAUUCUAGGACAGUCUGAAAAGAAACCGCAGAUCAAUCAAAAUGAUCAACAGCAGACUUCAAAUCAAGGACGUGUAUUACGUAUCGUUCGUACAUUCCGUAACGCCUCCGGGCAGAGGUACACUCGAGUGGAGCUAGUGAGAAAGGCGGCCGUGAUUGAAGCGUAUACCAAGAUACGUUCCACUAAAGACGAAGCGUUCAUACGUCAGUUUGCGACUAUGGAUGAGACACAGAAAGAGGAGAUGAAGCGGGAGAAAAGAAGGAUUCAGGAACAACUGAGACGCAUUAAGAGAAACCAGGAAAGAGAAAGGCUUGCAGGAAAUGUGACAGUGCCUGGUCAAUUCCCAGGGAAUAACGACAGUCUAAACAUGUCAUCUACAGAUCUAGGUUCACCAUCGCCAGGGUUAAUUCCUUUAGGUCAGAUAAAGCAGGAACCGGAUCUUCACACACCUUCUAGGCGACGAGCGAAAUUGAAACCAGACUUGAAACUGAAGUGCGGUGCGUGCGGGCAGGUGGGGCACAUGCGCACCAACAAGGCGUGUCCGCUGUACACGGGCCAGCCGGGCGCGCCGCCCUCGCCCGACCACGACGUGGACCCGCUGCCCGACCCCGACGAUGACGACCUCGGCUACGUCGACGGCACCAAGCUCACGCUGCCCUCCAAGCUCAUCAAGCAAUCAGCGGAGGAUUUGAAGCGGCGCGGAGGCAUGGGGCGGCGCGAGGUGCGCGCGGCGGGCAGGAACAAGCGGCGUGGCACGGCCAGCGAGCCGUGCGACUACCUGGUGCGACGGCCGGCCGAGCGCCGCCGCACCGACCCGCUCGUCACGCUCUCCUCGCUGCUGGAGGACGUGCUCAACCACAUGCGCCACCUGCCCGACGUCCAGCCUUUCCUCUUCCCCGUCAACCCGAAACUAGUUGCAGAUUACUAUCGCAUAGUGUCCAGGCCGAUGGAUUUACAAACCAUCAGAGAUAACUUGCGACAGAAACACUAUCAAAGUCGUGAAGAGUUUUUGGCUGACGUCAAUCAAAUAGUUGAGAAUUCUACACUUUAUAAUGGUCCCACCAGUAGUCUGACAGUGGCAGCCCAGCGUAUGUUGCAACGCUGCGUUGAAAAAUUAGCCGAGAAAGAAGAACAGCUCAUGAAACUGGAAAAACAAAUAAACCCACUUCUAGAUGAUAAUGAUCAGGUGGCGUUGUCAUUUAUAUUGGAGAAUUUAUUGACAACUAAACUGAAGGUAAUGCCAGAAGCGUGGCCAUUUGUGAAGCCUGUUAACAAGAAGCAGGUCAAAGAUUAUUAUAAUGUUAUCAAAAAGCCAAUUGAUAUGGAAACCAUGGGCAAGAAGAUACAAGCUCACAAAUAUCAUAGUCGCGAAGACUUCUUGAAAGAUGUCCAACUGCUUGUGGACAAUUGUCGCGCAUACAAUGGGAUCAAUUCGCAGUUCACUCGACAGGCCGAGACUAUAUUGAAAGUUACUCGGGAAGCCCUUGAACAGUUUGGUGAACACGUGAGCCAGUUGGAAGCGAAUAUAUCCAAAGUGCAGCAAAAAAUGCUGGAAGAUGCAGAACAGUCUGACUUGGAGUCAGAAGAAAUACCGCAGUCGUCCGAUGAGAAACGCGGACGCGGUCGACCAAAGAAGCAUAAACCUUCAACUUCAACAGGAGAUGGUGCUACCCCCAGAAAGCGCGGAAGACCCAAAAAAGAUCAAAAUAGUUUGGAAGAAGACCUUCAAUAUUCUGACAGUGGCAGUUCAGAGCUAGAGGAGGUGGAGCAAAAAGACUCUUUGGUCGAAUUACAUGUACCUCCAGUGGAGGAUAAUAAUAUGCACGGCGAGUCCAGUUUCGACACUUCCGAGUUCCUCAAAAUCAAACGGGAAGUUCCCGACGAGCCACCGCAACAAAGCGACGACUUCGUUGAUUUGGAUCGUAGCACAGAUUAUACGUUCCCGCCUGUUGUUAAGGAGGAACCAAUUGAACCUGAACCUGAACAAUUGAAUUUGAACAUGGAGCAACAGAUGAUGGGUGUACCGCCUCCAAUAGAUCCACCGCAGUUUAAAGAAGAACCACCAGAAAACUGGCAGCCGGAUCCAGCCAUACAAGAUGAUCUUCAAGUCACAGACAGUGAAGAGGAAGCAGAGGAUGGCCUUUGGUUUUAA